CGGCUCGCCGCCCCCGCCUGCAACACCACCCUUCCUUCCCACAGCUGAGGCUCACCCCCGUUGCCCUCCACCACAGCUCCGCCCUCGACCUCACGACCACGGACCCCGGCCAACUGCCCACCACCACCGCGCGCCCUCCUCCUCCAAGACGCCCACCGCCACGCCCUCCUCUCCGUCGCACAGGAUCUCAAUUCCCCUCUUCUUGGUUGCAAAUGAUGGCUCGAUCUGCACCUCUCCAUCGCCAAGGCCCGCCCAGCCGUGUAGCACUCUCGUCCGGUAUCCUCCCCUUCGCCUCGUCGACUCCGCCUGCAACCCCUCCGUGUCAGAUGGCAUGUCCACAACCUGUUCCAAUUGAUUUCCCUGUCCAAGACUAUAAAAUGUCCUAUCUAAAACAGACUCGAUUGGAGGGUCUAAUAGCUGAACGACCAAAGUUGGCACAAAAUAUCAAUGAAAAGGGGGCGUGGGAAGGUGAUGCCCUAGAGGAAAAAGAAAAAAUGGACAAGUGCAUGGCAUGGGUUACCGAACCAGAAAGGAUGGAAAGCAUGAUAAUGCCAUUCAAGAUGGUGAUUCAACAAAAAUCAUCAUUACUACAAGACCGUUUUAUUGAUUGUUCCACAGAGUCGAAAGAAAGAUGAUGAGUUGCAGCUGAAUACUUCAGCUUGAUCAAAAUCAAAUGAAGCUUGAAGAUUUUUCUUAUGAUGAGUUGCAGCUGAAUACUCCAGUUUGAUCAAGAAGCAAAUAAUGUUUGAAGAUUUUGCCUAGCAAUAAUUAAAGUUUACAUUGGUUGAUUGAAAAAUGUCAUUUUUAAAACUUUUUCAGAAUUGUAUUAUCUAUGGUCAAAAUGGUAUGAAUGUUAUGAUGUUGCAACAAUUAUAUUUGUAUUCAUUUAUUGUAAUGCACAUGUAUCCUACACUCUUUUAUAUUCUUAAUAAAUUGAUUGAUAUAAGUUUGUAUAUAUGGUGCA